GAGAAUUUCAUGUCCUUUUGACAUAAAGGAAAAGUCAAUGCAAAACAACUCAUUAGUGCAAAAUAGCACAGAUAUAUACAUCGAUUGUUGACCGUUGACGUCAUAUUCUUUCACUGCGGCGCUCCCCUUUCCCCACUGUCGAAUAUACGCCCCCUUGGAAAUGUCAGUUUGAGGUUAUACUUAUUAGACGUUUUUUGUAGUUCGUAAAUAGUGUGUCAGACGGAGUCAAAAUAAAACCCGAGUCCUUGGAGAAUCAGAGUCUCUAUAGCAUUGUGAAAAUGUCGGAUCACGAGUACUUGGACGACCCUAAAAAUCCAUUCUUCUCUCUCGAGGACGACGUUGACGAUGAGGCUUUUCUUCGCAGUGGACCUCCACGUCCCAACAUGCCAAACAACAAUCACUUCACGAAUUUUGAUGAUAACAUUGAGAGACAGCACCAGCAGUUGAUUGAGAGAAAGAAGGCGAUUGAGGAGAGGACGAUUAAAUCUUCUGAGAGGUCCAUAUCACUGCUCCGGGAUUCUGAACAGAUUGGUGCAGCUACAGCUGAGGAACUCAUCAGGCAACGAGAGCAGUUGGAGAGAACCGAGAAAAGACUGGACGACAUAAACAGUACUUUACGCUUCAGUCAGAAGCACAUUCAGGGAAUAAAAUCAGUGUUCGGCAGUCUGAAGAAUUACCUGAGUGGCAAGUCCCUGGAGCCACCUGCAACCACCACAAAUGCCACCGAGUUUGAGCCCUCUGGGAGCAGCAGGCUGGCCCCCAUUGUCGAGCAGACAAGAUCUAAUCUAGCUGCCAAUCAUCCAUCACUUUAUCACCGUGGACUGCUUGAUGAUGGCCCGGAUGAACCGGUGACUGACAACGUUAGUAAAGUCCUAGAGAGGAAUCUGGAGGAAAUGGGGGGAUCUCUGGCUCGUCUCAAAGGCCUCGCCAUCGGCCUCACCGAGGAAAUUGACUCUCAAAAUACGUUGAUCGAUAACGUUGCUGAUAAGACGGAGAGGGCGGAUAUCAUGAUUGGGAAACAGAAUAAAGAUAUGAGACACUUGUUGAAGAAGUAGAAUUUUUUGAAUUAGCGGUGUCAUCCGGUAUGGUUCUAGGGAUAAUUGAUAGAAAAUAAAGUCUACAGAUAGACACUUUCGCAACAUAUCUGAACGUGCGUACGAAAAGGACUGAUAGGGUCAAUUUUCUUUCAUGGGAUUGAAGUUUGUAGAUUUGAAAGCGAUAGCCCUAAGAUAUGAUGAGAUAUCAAGUCGACUCUUUUUCGUUUAUCAAUUAAUUAUAAAAAGAUUGUCUCUGGGUAUGAGAGCGGGAAACAACCACAAAAAAUAUAUUAACAACUCAAUGAGAUUAUUAAUAUAAAUUCAACCAUCUGAUUAAUCUGUUACACGAGUAACAGUUUAUUGUACUAAAAAAUUCGGCCGACACUCUCUGAUCCCCAGUUACUUCCCAGAAAACAAUCAUCCUAAAGUGGAAUUGACUGAAUCAUUUUGCAUCAUCAAAAGAAACAAAGAAACGAAACCAUGAAUGCUUAAGAGAAAUAUUAAUGAUGUGUAACACAUGUCUAUCCCAGAGCUUCAAUGAAUGUUAACUUGAAUAAAUGGGAAAUAGGAUAAUUCUUGUUGUAAGCAAACAGUUAUGAUAUUGAAGAAUUUAUGAAUUUUUGAAUCUAUCAUAAUGUCGGGGCUAAGUUAAAUUUAUAUGGGGGAUUUAUAUAUUUUAAAUUUAUAAUAUUAAUGAAUGUAAUUAGGACUUUGAUCGAAGCUUUUUCUCAUUAUUAUGUUUGAGGUUUUAUAUGAGAGGAAAUAAACACUGAAGGCUCAAUGAAACUGUCAAUGUUAUUUUAUUGAGGUAAUUUAUUUGUAAUUGUUUACACAAUAAAACAAUUUUACCUUUAAUUUUACGAAAAA